AUGGCGGCCCCGGUGAGCCCCAAAGGGGCCGUCUUCUCCAGCGGGGCGGUUGCGAACCCCGUGGUCGCGGACUCGAAGCAGGAGCGGCUUCAGGCCAUCCGAAAGGACAUUAGCUUCAAGAUCGCCCUGAAGAACAAGGACAAUGGGAAGAGCGCCGAGGACGUGAACAAGUUCAUCCGCCAGGCGUCCGAAAUCCGCGCGAAGCUCAAGAGGAGCGAGGGCGAGAGCGAGAGCGACGAGGAGGGCGCGACCAAGUCUGCCGUGCCCGAGUCGAGCCCCAGGCCCCGGCCCACCGCGUCCUGGACGUACCUCUUCGAGCACCUCGAGCGCGCCAAGAUCGCAAUGCUCGCGGACGAGCAGGAGACGCUCGAGCGGCGGCAGCGGCAGUUCGAGGAGGAGGACAGGGCGGCCCGCGAGAACCUGCGGGCCUUCUACUCGUCGCUCGCGAGCACCAUCGCCGAGCAGCAGCAGUCCGCCGUCAUCAUCCAGUCCUACUGGCGCGGCUCGCGCCUCCGGAGGUGGUACCUCCAGCUCCAGCGCCGCCGCCGGCUCGAUGCAAACCUCAAGGCAUACAGGGCGGAGCUCGACGCCCUGGUCACGAGCGAGGAGGACGCGCGGAAGCAGCGCAUGCUCCGGCGGCAGCAGUCGAAGCGCGACCGGCUGCUCAAGGACCGCGACUACGACGGCGACUGGCACGAGCGCCUGAGCGCCACCCGGACCGGCAACGUGAAGGCGAAGGCCUUGACGCCUAGCCGUGCCGCGUCCUUCCGAGCCGGCGUGGGCGAGAGCCCGGGCGCCGACGGGACCCCCGGCGUCGGGUUGUUUAAGGUCAACGGGCAUCCUCCGGGGGUCUCCCGGAGCAACUCGCGGCACGGCGGUGGCAUGAUGACGGGGGGGGUGACGGUGACGCCCCCGGUCGCCGCGGGGCCGUCCUUCACGUUCAAGACGUCCCCGGAGCGCUCGCCGUCGUUCGUGCGCGCGGGCGACUCCCAGCGCAACCUCAUGGCGGGGCGCUCGUUCUCGCUCGGUCACUCCCCCAAGAUCCCAGAAAACACCCCCGCCGACCCCGCCCCGCUGCUGCGCGCGCCGAUCCCCCACGCCGAGGCAGCGCUCGCGCCCCCCCGCGCAUCGGACGCGGCCAAGACGGCCCUGCAACCCAGGGAGUCGGCUGCGUCCUCCUGCACCCACAACAGCUCCCCGAGGACGCUGGCGCCGCUGGCGACGCAGUCCCUGCACGAGCCGCCGCCUCCAGACGCGUUCUCGGCGGCGGGAUUCAAGCGCCCCGCGCCGCGCAAGCGUUCGUCUUCGCUGUCGCAGGCCGACGUCUUCGGGACGGUGCAGUCGCCCACGCACCGCGAGCCGCCCAGCAGAGCGCCGCUCGGCGCCCCAGCCGUGCGUGGGUACGCCGCUUCCGCGGACGAGGGCACUCCUCGUCCUGUGGCGGACUGCGUCGCGGCCGACGCCGCCACGCGCGAUGCAGAGUCGCAGUCGCAGUCGCAGUCGUCGCCGCCCGCGGCGCCAGCGGCGCGCGAGGGGCCGAUGGUGCUCACGGGCGACGGCCUGGCGGUGCCAGAGAGGCCGCCGCGCGCCGACAGCGAAAUGACACCCCCCGCAAGGCAGCCGUCGCCACACGUGGCCGCGGCUGCCCGCGCGACGCCGUCGCCGGCGCGGACCUCGUCUGGCAUGGUCGCGCAGCUGGCGUCGCGCGGAGCGGCGAUCGGGGAGGUCGACGCUUCCAAGCGCCCGUCGAGCCGCAGCGGGCGCGCACACAACCCACUGGCUCCGCACCCCGCGCAGUGGAGCGAGGGGCAGCAGCCGGGCAGCGCGCUGACGCUGGCGUCCAGCGACGCGGCGGAGUCGCUGAACGGCUACGAGAAGGCGAAGAUCGAGCCCGUGGUGCGGCACAAGACCCCGCGGGGGACUCCGGGGGCGGAAAAGGACAGGCCGCUGCCGCGGUACGCGGCGCCGCUGCAGCGCACGAUGUCGGAGCGGGUCGGUGGGCGCCGGAUGACGGUGGAGGAGGUGGCUGCCGCGCAGCAGGCCUCGAGCAAGCAGGGCAACUCCCUGGAGGCGGGGCGCUCGCCUGGCAUGCGGCCGGGGUCGCAGGGCGCGGGCCUGAUGCUGCAGCUGGAAUCUCCGUCGGGGGCAACGCCCUCGUCGCAGGAUCCGAUGAGCGGAGGGGCGCUGCGGCGCGGCCCCCAGGGGCGGUUGCACAAGGCUGCGAGUGCGGCGCCGGGCGCGCUGGGGAUGGCCACGCCGUCGCCGCUGCGCGCUCCUGGGCGACGCCAAGGCAGCCUGGAGCACAUGCGCAGCGGUUUGGAGCGGCAUCCGGAGGAAGGCGAAAAACACUCCUCCCCCCGUCAGAACGCAACGACUCCGGAGCCCAAGGGCCCGGCGGCGUCGAUCAACGGGCGGCCGAUCAUCGGCGGCGCGGUGGACGUGCUGCCGCCGCUGCCGAGCUCGGGCAGGGUGAAGCAGAGCUACGGGGCCAGCUACGACACCCCGAAAUCGAACCCCCCGCGGGCGCGGACGCCGAGCAGCGCGGCGGCUGCGGUGACGUCGCCUCAGACGGGCGUCAGUCUGGAGCGCACCAAGUCCAAGGCUGGCGCGUCGCCGGCGGCCGCCAGCCUGACCAUCACACCCCCGCCCGCUGCCAGUAACGCAAUGCCGGCGUACCCGCAGCGCGGCUGGAGCAUGCGCAAGCCGGCGCGGGCGGGCUCGCUGGAGCUGUAUGACGCGUAG